UGGUGGGAUUUGUCGGGGGAAUACAACGCUGCAUCAAAGAUGGCUUAUUAUCGACCAACAUUUAGUUCAUUUAGGAUACAGAUUGUGAAAUAAUAAGAGAUAUCUUACACGAAGAGAAGGCGGGGGGUCGGUGGUAGUCGCGAGCAGUGUUAUCACUCUCGUCGCACUACGCACCGCUUGCUCUCUCUCCUCGCGUUAAUUUAGCUAGUUAGCUCACACUGUAAAUAUUAGCUCGUCUAGCUAGCGUGCUUACUCGUGAUUGCUAAGAUGGCCACCAUGGAGAAAUUGAUGAAGGCCUUCGAGAGUCUGAAGACAUUCCAGCAGCAACAGGGACCGCCGACCGCCGAGGAGCUCGUUCAGAGGCAGAAAAAGGAACAGGCUACCACAAAGAAGGACAGGGUCACACACUGCCUGACAAUAUGUGAAAACAUUGUGGCUCAGUCUCUGAGUCCUGGGAGCAGAACGUCUCCAGAGUUUCAGAAAUUGCUGGGCAUCGCCAUGGAAAUGUUCCUGCUCUGCAGUGAUGACAGUGAAUCAGAUGUCCGGAUGGUAGCUGAUGAGUGCCUGAACAAAAUCAUCAAAGCUUUGAUGGACUCAAACCUUCCUAGACUGCAGCUGGAACUGUACAAAGAAAUUAAAAAGAACAGUGCCUCUCGGAGUCUGAGGGCAGCUUUGUGGAGGUUUGCUGAGCUUGCUCACCUCAUCAGACCACAGAAAUGCAGACCCUACCUGGUCAAUCUGUUGCCAUGCCUCUCUCGAAUCACCAAGCGGCAGGAGGAGACAGUCCAGGAGACUCUGGCAGCUGCAAUGCCCAAGAUCAUGGCCGCCUUGGGGCACUUCGCCAAUGAUGGCGAGAUCAAGGUGCUGCUAAAGUCGUUUGUGGCCAACCUGAAGUCCAGCUCCCCCACCAUCCGACGGACAGCAGCCAGCUCAGCCGUCAGUGUGUGCCAACACUCCAGACGCACCAGCUACUUCUACACAUGGCUCCUUAAUGUGCUGCUCGGUCUGCUGGUUCCAGUGGAUGAAGAGCACCCCACCCACCUAAUUCUGGGGGUGCUGUUAACCCUUCGCUACCUGAUGCCUCUGCUGCAGCAGCAAGUCAACACCACCAGCCUCAAAGGAAGUUUUGGAGUCACGAGGAAGGAGGCUGAUGUACAGCCAACACCUGAACAACUGCUGCAGGUGUACGAGCUGACCCUACACUACACACAGCACUGGGAUCACAACGUGGUCACUGCAGCGCUGGAGCUCCUGCAGCAGAUGUUCAGGACUCCCCCACCAGAGCUUCUGCACAUGCUCAUCACCGCAGGCAGCAUUCUUCAUGGCACGGUUUUCCGCCAGGACACAGAGAGCCGCGCGCGCUCCAGCAGCAUCCUCGAGCUCAUUGGUAAAAUGCUUUCUGGGGAAGAGGAGGGGUUGGAUGAUGACGCCGAAAGAACAGAGGUCACCACUGGUGUCUUCACAGCAACAGUUGUUGGUGCAGACGGCUCCUCUGCAGCCCAGGUGGACAUCAUCACCGAGCAACCGCGCUCCUCCCAGCAUACCCUGCAGCCUGGCGAGUCUGUGGACCUCAGUGCCUCCUCAGAGCAAGGCGGAGGAGGGACAUCUGCAUCAGACACUCCCGAAUCACCCAAUGACAACGAGGAGGAAAUGCUGAGUCGGAGCUCCAGCGGUGGGGCCAAUAUUACUCCAGAGACGGCUGACUAUACCACACCAGAGACGGAGGGAGGGCCCUUGGGAGAAGGCGCGACUCUGCUAGGCACUAACGAUCGCUCACUUCCACCCAGCGACUCCUCCCAGACCACCACAGAGGGACCAGACUCGGCUGUCACACCUUCAGAUGUAGCAGAGCUGGUGCUGGAUGGCAGUGAGAGCCAGUACUCUGGGAUGCAGAUCGGGACAUUACAGGAUGAAGAAGAAGAAGGAGCAGCACCUUCCUCCCAAGAAGAACCACCGGAACCAAUCCUGCAGUCAGCACUUGCACUGAGCAAACCUCAUCUCUUCGACGGCCGAGGUCACAACCGGCAAGGUUCAGACAGCAGUGUGGACCGCUUCAUACCAAAGGACGAAUCGGCUGAACCUGAACCCGAUAAUAAGCCAUCUCGGAUAAAGGGUCCAAUUGGACAUUAUACUGACCAGGGGGUGGAGCCGCUGGUGCACUGUGUACGGCUUCUUGCUGCUUCCUUCCUACUGACGGGACAAAAGAAUGGUCUGACCCCUGACAAGGAGGUGCGAGUGAGCGUGAAGGCUCUGGCGGUCAGCUGUGUUGGGGCAGCAGCAGCGCUGCACCCUGAAGCCUUCUUUAACUCCCUCUACCUGGAGCCGCUGGACGGCGUUCCAGUUAAAGAGCAGCAGUAUAUCAGUGACAUGCUGGGCCUCAUUGACCAUGGGGACCCACAGAUCCGAGGGGCCACAGCCAUCCUCUGUGCAGCCAUCAUACAAGCUGCACUCACCAAAACACGUUACAACAUACACACCUGGCUGGCCAGCGUGCAGAGAGCAACAGGUAACCCUGUGUCCCUGGUGGACUUGGUGCCUUUGCUUCAGAAAACUCUGAAAGAUGAAUCCUCCGUCACAUGCAAGAUGGCUUGCUCUGCAGUGAGGCACUGCCUCAUGACUGUGUGCAGCAGUACCCUGAGUGAGCUAGGCCUGCAGUUGAUGAUAAACCUUCUUGCUCUGAGGGACUCGUCCUAUUGGCUUGUUCGCACAGAGCUCUUGGAGACCUUGGCUGAAAUGGACUUCCGGUUAGUUAAUUUCCUCGAGAGGAAAACAGAGACUUUGCACAGAGGGGAUCAUCACUACACUGGGCGGCUUCGGCUGCAGGACAGAGUGCUGAAUGAUGUGGUCAUCCGUCUGUUGGGAGAUGAUGACCCCAGAGUCCGGCACGUGGCUGCCUCUGCUGUCAGCAGGCUGGUUUCCAGGUUGUUCUAUGACUGUGACCAGGGUCAAGUGGACCCAGUAGUGGCAAUUGCCCGGGACCAGAGUUCAGUCUACCUGCAGCUGCUGAUGCACGAGACACAACCCCCCUCCCAGUUCACAGUUAGCACCAUCACAAGGACGUACCGAGGCUACAACUUGUCCAACAAUGUGUCUGAUGUCACAGUCGAGAACAAUUUGUCCAGAGUCGUUACCGCCGUCUCCCAUGCUUUCACCUCCUCUUCCUCCAAAGCCCUGACUUUUGGCUGCUGUGAAGCCUUGUGCCUCCUGGCUAUACAUUUUCCAGUGUGCACUUGGAGUACAGGCUGGCACUGUGGCUAUGUUAGCUCCAGUAGCAGCUUUUCUUCCCGCUCUAGUCUCAGCCGCAGCAGAGGCAGAGCCCUUAGUUUGCCUAGUAGUGCUCCAGCCUCUUCCACCACCUCUUCAUCUGCACCAGACAAUGAGCGGAGGACUCUGACAGUAGGAAUGGCCAACAUGGUCCUCUCUUUACUCUCCUCCGCCUGGUUUCCACUGGAUCUUUCUUCACACCAGGAUGCACUGAUGCUUUCUGGCAAUCUGCUUGCUGCUGUGGCCCCUAAAUGCAUGCGCAACCCCUGGGCCGGAGAGGAGGAAGGCAGCAGUGGUAGCACCAACCCUAACCCAAAUAAGAUGGACGAGCCAUGGGCAGGUCUGUCAGAGCGCUCCCUGGUGGCCAUGGUGGAGCAGCUCUUUUCUCACCUACUGAAGAUCCUCAACAUCUGUGCCCAUGUGCUUGAUGACACACCACCGGGACCAGCGGUUAAGGCCACCCUCCCAUCCCUGAGCAACACCCCCUCCCUCAGUCCCAUUCGCAGAAAAGGCAAGGAGAAGGAUGCUGCUGAGCCCAGUGCUGCGCCUAUGAGCCCAAAGAAAAGCAAUGAGAUCAAUACAGGUAGGCCAGCAGACGGCACUGGGUCAACGGCCAUAAACAAAUCCACCACCUUUGGCAACUUCUACCAUCUGCCACCCUACCUCAAGCUCUAUGAUGUCCUCAAAGCUACACAUGCCAACUACAAGGUGACGCUGGACCUCCACAGCAGCCAAGAGAAGUUUGGAGGUUUCCUGCGUGCCACUCUAGAUGUUCUGUCUCAGCUCCUGGAGCUGGCCACACUACAUGACAUCAGUAAGUGUGUGGAGGAAAUAUUGGGCUACCUCAAGUCCUGUUUCUCCAGAGAACCAACCAUGGCUACUGUUUGUGUACAACAGCUGUUGAAGACCCUUUUUGGUACCAACCUGGCCUCCCAGUGCGAAGGCAUCUUGAGUGGACCCAGCCGCUCCCAGGGUAAGGCUCUCCGUCUCGGCUCCUCCAACCUGCGACCAGGCCUCUACCAUUACUGCUUCAUGGCGCCGUACACUCACUUCACUCAGGCUCUUGCUGAUGCUAGUCUUCGUAACAUGGUGCAGGCUGAAGAGGAGCAGGACACCUCUGGAUGGUUUGAUGUGACGCAAAAAGCUUCGAACCAGCUGAGGUACAAUAUUGCAAAUGCAACACGCAACAGAGGAGACAAGAAUGCCAUCCACAACCACAUUCGGCUUUUUGAACCACUGGUGAUCAAAGCUUUGAAGCAGUACACUACCAGCACCUCUGUGGCCCUGCAGAGGCAAGUACUAGACCUGCUCGCCCAACUUGUGCAGCUUAGGGUCAACUACUGCCUGCUUGACUCGGAUCAGGUGUUCAUAGGUUUUGUCCUGAAGCAGUUUGAGUACAUUGAAGUAGGACAGUUCAGAGACUCGGAGGCCAUCAUUCCCAACAUCUUUUUUUUCCUGGUGCUGCUGUCUUAUGAGCGUUACCACUCCAAGCAGAUAAUCAGCAUCCCCAAAAUCAUCCAGCUGUGUGACGGCAUCAUGGCGAGUGGCAGGAAAGCUGUCACACACGCCAUCCCAGCCUUGCAGCCAAUAGUCCACGAUCUGUUUGUGUUGAGGGGCUCAAACAAAGCAGAUGCAGGCAAAGAGCUGGACACACAGAAAGAAGUGGUGGUCUCCAUGCUGCUUAGACUUGUGCAAUACCAUCAGGUGUUGGAGAUGUUCAUCCUUGUUCUGCAGCAGUGUCAUAAAGAGAAUGAGGACAAGUGGAAGAGAUUGUCCAGACAGAUUGCCGACGUCAUACUUCCUUUGAUUUCUAAGCAGCAGAUGCACCUGGACUCUCCGGAGGCAUUAGGGGUGUUGAAUACUCUGUUUGAGACUGUAGCGCCCUCCUCUCUCAGACCUGUAGACAUGCUGCUCAAGAGUAUGUUCACCACCCCGGUAACCAUGGCGUCGGUAGCUACAGUCCAGCUGUGGGUGUCCGGUAUCAUGGCGGUGCUCAGGGUACUCGUCUCUCAGUCCACUGAGGACAUUGUCCUGUCACGGGUCCACGAACUCUCGCUCACCCCGCAUCUCCUCUCCUGCCACACAAUCCGUCGCCUGCAUCAGCAGAACCUCUCCCCAAGUGACCCGCCCACUGCUGACACGCUCGUCAACCAGGAACCUAUUGGUGAGGCACAAAAGGCCCCACCUGAGGAAACCUUUGCCAGGUUCCUUCUCCAGCUGGUAGGAGUGUUGCUGGAUGACAUUUCCUCCAGACAGGUUAAAGUGGACAUUACAGAGCAGCAACACACCUUCUACUGCCAGCAGCUGGGCACACUGCUCAUGUGUCUCAUACAUGUCUUCAAAAGUGGAAUGUUUCGCAGGAUCACAGCUGCAGCGAGCCGUCUCCUAAAGGGUGAGGGUGGAGGUGGACAAACCGGCACAGAGGCCGCUCUGUUUUACCCCUUAGAGGGGCUGAACAGCAUGGUGCAGUGCCUGAUCACCACCCACCCCUCUCUUGUGCUGCUUUGGUGCCAGGUCCUCCUCAUCAUCGACUACACCAAUUACUCCUGGUGGGCUGAGGUGCACCAGACACCCAGGGGACACAGCCUCUCGAGCACAAAGCUGCUGAGCCCUCACUCCUCAGGGGAAGGAGAGGAGGAAAAGCCCGAGAUGCGGUUAGCUAUGGUCAACCGAGAGAUCGUACGCAGGGGAGCCCUCAUCCUCUUCUGUGACUAUGUGUGUCAGAACCUCCAUGACUCGGAGCAUCUGACCUGGCUGAUUGUCAACCACGUGCGUGACCUCAUCAGUCUUUCCCAUGAGCCUCCAGUGCAGGAUUUCAUCAGCGCUGUGCACCGCAACUCAGCUGCCAGUGGCCUCUUCAUCCAGGCCAUCCAGUCCCGCUGUGACAACCUCAGCACUCCUACCAUGUUGAAGAAGACUCUGCAGUGUUUGGAAGGCAUCCACCUGAGUCAGUCGGGCUCCCUGCUGAUACUGUAUGUGGACAAGCUGCUCAGUACACCCUUCAGGGUUCUGGCUCGCAUGGUGGACACACUGGCGUGUCGCAGAGUGGAGAUGCUGCUGGCUGAGACACUACAGAACAGUAUAGCUCAGGUGCCUGUGGAGGAACUGGACAGGAUCCAGGAAUACCUCCAGACCAGUGGCCUCGCUCAGAGGCAUCAGAGGUUUUACUCCCUGCUGGACAGGUUCAGAGCCACUGUUGCUGGCACCAGCAGCCCCACAGCUCCUGUGACUACACACCCCUUGGAUGGGGAUCCACCACCUGCCCCUGAGCUGGUCUCUGCAGAUAAGGAGUGGUACGUGGCUCUGGUGAAGUCUCAGUGUUGUCUUCGUGGAGAUGUUUCCUUGUUGGAGACGACAGAACUCCUCACUAAACUACCGCCCACUGACCUCUUUGACAUCAUGAGCUGCAAGGAGUUCAACCUAAGUCUACUGUGUCCAUGUCUCAGUAUGGGGAUGCAGCGGUUAGCACGAGGUCAGGGGUCGCUCUUGUUGGAGACAGCUCUACAAGUGACACUAGAACGGCUUGCAGGGGUCACCGGGUCACUUCCGGUCCCCCACCAGUCCUUCCUGCCGCCCGCCCAGUCACAGCCAUACUGGAACCAACUAGCUGCUGUGUAUGAUGAGCCAGGUUUCUACCCCCGGGUGUUGUCGCUCUGUAGAGCUCUGUCCCAGUACCUGCUGAAUGUGAGCCAGCUGCCCUCCUCACUACACAUCUCCUCUGACAAGGAACACCUCAUCACUACUUUCACCUGCACUGCUGCCGAGGUCGUAGCGUGGCGUCUCCUCCAGGACAAGUUGCCUCUGAGUGUGGACCUGCAGUGGGCUCUGUCCUGUCUGUGUCUGGCCCUGCAGCAGCCCUGCGUCUGGAACAAGCUCUCUACCCCAGAGUACACCACACACACCUGCUCCCUCGUCUACUGCCUACACCUCAUCAUUGUUGCGGUUGCUGUGAGUCCUGGUGACCAGCUUCUGUAUCCAGAGAAGAAAAAGACGAAGUCAGAGAGAGAUGAUGGAGAUGAAGUUGACUCUGCGCACGCUGACCACAUGUGCGAGUGGCAAGCGUGUGAGAUUAUGGCGGAGCUGGUGGAAGGCCUGCAGAGCAUCCUCGCACUGGGUCACCAUAGAAACAAUGCGUUCCCCCCUUUCCUCACACCAACCUUGCGCAACAUUGUCAUUAGUCUGUCCCGACUGCCUCUGGUCAACAGCUACACCCGAGUACCUCCACUGGUUUGGAAACUGGGCUGGUCCCCUCAGCCAGGAGGAGAGUACGGCACAACACUCCCUGAGAUCCCUGUGGACUUCUUGCAGGAAAAGGAUGUCUUCAGAGAGUUCCUCUACCGCAUCAACACACUGGGUUGGAGCAGCAGGACUCAGUUUGAGGAGACCUGGGCGACACUGCUCGGGGUGCUGGUCACCCAACCCAUCACUAUGGACCAGGAGGAGGAGACUCAGCAGGAGGAGGACUUGGAGCGUACCCAGUUGAAUGUGUUAGCGGUGCAGGCCAUCACCAGCCUGGUGCUGAGUGCCAUGACCCUGCCCACUGCUGGCAACCCUGCAGUCAGCUGUCUGGAACAGCAGCCUCGCAACAAGAGCCUGAAAGCGCUGGAAACACGGUUCGGAAGGAAACUUGCAGUAAUCAGGGGCGAGGUGGAGAGAGAGAUUCAGGCUCUUGUGUCUAAGAGAGACAAUGUUCAUACACACCACCCGUACCACGCCUGGGACCCUGUGCCCUCUCUAUCGGCAGCCUCACCUGCGGGCACGCUGAUCAGCCAUGAGAAGCUGCUGCUUCAGAUCAACACAGAGAGGGAAUUGGGCAACAUGGACUACAAACUGGGACAGGUCUCCAUUCACUCAGUGUGGUUAGGAAACAACAUCACCCCACUGAGAGAAGAGGAAUGGGGUGAGGAUGAAGAAGAUGAAGCAGACACUCCAGCACCCACCUCCCCGCCUCUAUCUCCUAUCAACUCUAGGAAGCAUCGUGCAGGUGUAGACAUUCAUUCAUGUUCUCAGUUUCUCUUGGAGCUGUACAGCCAGUGGUUGAUCCCUAGCUCCCCGAGUAACAGGAAGACCCCGACCAUACUCGUCAGUGAAGUGGUCCGAUCGCUGCUGGCGGUGUCGGACCUGUUCACGGAGAGGAACCAGUUUGACAUGAUGUUCUCUACCCUGAUGGAACUGCAGAAGCUCCACCCACCAGAGGAUGAGAUUCUCAAUCAAUACCUGGUACCUGCCAUCUGCAAGGCAGCUGCCGUACUGGGAAUGGACAAAGCAAUAGCGGAGCCUGUUUGUCGCUUGUUGGAGACGACCCUGCGCAGCACCCACCUGCCCAGCCGAAUGGGAGCUCUGCAUGGAUUGCUGUAUGUGUUGGAGUGCGACCUGCUGGAUGACACAACAAAACAGCUUUUCCCCACCGUCUCUGAGUACCUGCUGUCCAACCUCAGGGCUAUCGCUCACUGUGUGAACCUGCAUAACCAGCAGCAUGUGUUGGUAAUGUGUGCUGUGUCCUUCUACAUGAUGGAGAACUACCCUCUGGAUGUAGGAGCUGAGUUUAUGGCUGGAAUCAUACAGUUGUGUGGUGUGAUGGUGUCUGCCAGCGAGGACUCCACUCCCUCCGUCAUCUAUCAUUGUGUGCUGCGCGGUCUGGAGCGCCUCCUGCUGUCAGAGCAGUUGUCACGUGUGGACGGAGAAGCGCUGGUCAAACUCAGCGUGGACAGAGUCAACAUGCCGUCGCCACACAGAGCCAUGGCCGCCCUGGGCCUCAUGCUCACGUGCAUGUACACCGCGGUGCUUGCGUCGGGUUCAGACGUGACAGGGGUUAGAGGUCAGGUUGACUCUGCCGUAGCAGAGGCGGUGGGCGUCACGGCAGGUCAUGUUGGUUUCUCCUCAGGAAAAGAGAAAGCCAGCCCCGCCAGUCGCCCCCACUCUGACCCUCAGGCCCCAGACAGCGAGUCGAUCAUUGUUGCCAUGGAGAGGGUCUCUGUGCUCUUCGACAGGAUCCGGAAAGGUUUCCCCAGUGAGGCUCGGGUGGUGUCCAGGAUUCUGCCCCAGUUUCUGGACGACUUCUUCCCACCACAGGACGUCAUGAACAAGGUCAUCGGAGAGUUCCUGUCCAAUCAGCAACCGUACCCACAAUUUAUGGCCGCUGUCGUCUACAAGGUUUUCCAGACCCUCCAUGCCACAGGCCAGUCUUCUAUGGUGCGAGACUGGGUGCUACUCUCCUUGUCCAACUUCACUCAGAGGACACCAGUGGCCAUGGCCAUGUGGAGCCUCUCCUGUUUCUUUGUCUCUGCUUCCACCUCCCAGUGGAUCUCUGCCCUACUGCCACACGUGAUCAGCCGAAUGGGCUCCAGUGAGGUGGUGGAUGUCAACCUGUUCUGCCUGGUGGCCAUGGAUUUCUACCGGCACCAGAUUGAUGAGGAGCUGGACCGGAGGGCUUUCCAGUCUGUCUUUGAGACCGUGGCCUCGCCAGGCAGCCCCUAUUACCAGCUGCUGGGCUGUCUGCAGUCAAUCCACCAGGAUACAUCACUCUGAGGGCGAUGAACUGGGAAGGACAUGAAUGCACAAAGAGAGGCAGGGGAAUGGAGCACAGGGAGAAAAGUGGAUUAGAGUGAGAAAUGUAGUAGAGCGAGAAAUUAGAUAGCCAUGUCGUACACGUCCUCGAGUUGCAAUGAAGGGGAGGAACAGCAUGUUUCAUUAGAAAAUCUACUGUAGCCUCACCCCUUUCCCUCCUUUACACUGAUGUGAAAUGAGUAGAACUACUGGAGGCACCGUGAUGAAUUCAGUGGAGUGAGCAUUAUGAUUAUUAGGGCGAAUGUCUGAAGAGUGCACCUACAUGAAGGACACUGGCUGCCAAACCUCCAGACUGUGGCUCUUCCACAGACUAUUCCUUGAGAUUAAUGACAGCACCUUGAACACCUACCCAGCACCUUGAUUAGAAACGUAUAAAAAAAUUAAAAAAACAUAAAUCAAACAAACAUUGGAUUUGUUUAUUUUCCUCUGAGGACUUGCUUGAGUAUUGUGAUGUCAGUAAAGUAAAAUAGAGAAGAAAAAAAAAAAACUAGGAAAUGCAAAGUAUUUACUAUAUAUAAAGUUUCAAUGCAUCUAUUUUUCAGUGCGUUCUGUUUAAAGAUGUCUUCAGGUCUGUUUAGGACAGUGGGCUCUGAAAUGCCUGCUUGUCAAUAAUUAGUAUCUUUGAAGACCUUUUUUAUAUUUAAGUUACUAGUGUUCUCUCUGAUGCACAUAAGUUAAAUAGUAAAUAUUUUAUGUGUAAGAAUGAUCACUAAUAGCCAUAGUAUUUUUUUCUUCCUUCCAAUGACUGAGAACCAGAGGAAGGAUGUGUGAUUUGUCACUGCAGAAAGGGCAACUUGUUUGCACCAUUUCAACAAGUUGUUUCUGUAUCUGUGCAGUGGUCUAGACUGGAUGUUAUAUUGAGUGGACAAAGAAUUAGACGGGUAUAUAUUUGGAGGUGUAAAAAAAAAAAGAAAUCAUAUUCUUCUGCAAAAUUAGACACUGUUUAAGGGCCCAUAUAACAUUUAAGAUGGUGAGAAAUGUCGAGCAAGUAAAAUACCAAAAUUGCAGUGACGUCAUCUUUUUUUAAAACCAGUAGCCGGGGGAGAAGCAUUUCCUCUUAUCGCUUAUUGCUUAUCUGGCUAGUCAUUAAUAACAUUCAUGUCUUGUAUGCUCCCCCGUGCCCCUGAAUGACUCCACGUCCAUUUCUUGUAUUUUUAAAUUCUCAGGAUGUAAAAUGUGACUUUUGUUGUAUGUAAAUUGCAGUCAUCUUUAAAUGAAGUUACCUUCAUACCUUUUGGGGGGGGGGGGGGGAGAGUAAUUGUAAAGUUAUACAAAAGCCAUGGUGCAUGAUAAACAUCCAAACUGUAAAGAUGAUAGACAUGGACAGUAAGAUCAUUUUUCUUUUCUCUCUGUUUUAACACAUACAUGAUCAGAAGACUGAAAAUCUGAAUCAGCAGACCGCUCUGAGAAAAGCAGAAAGCUGAGCUACGAGUAUUUUAUUGAAGACCUCGAGUUGCCUGGGAGUGUGCUGGGCGGCGUUACUCUGUACAUACCUGCCUUAGAUAAAGACUGCAUAUAUGUAUGUCCUGUACACUGAAAGCAUGCUUAGCAUUACUGCUAUAUUCUUGCAUUGUCCUUAAUACUGUAUUUCUGUGAGUGCGGUUGCUAUGACUGUUGUGUGGAAGAGAUGUGACACAAUCCAAAGGGAGCCUUGUAACCUUAGAGACCAACGACAGCUUUGACAAAUCAACAGACGAGGAAGUGUAGAAAGGUGAUGCCACGUGACAGCGGGAGUUUUCUGUUUUUGUUGCGCUUUAAAUAUUGUUUUGUCUCUGUUCAAGAUUGGUAAAUAUUUAAUUGUCUUUGUGCAGAAUAUUAAAUACACCCAGCACUUAAAGAUUUGGAAGUUCCUUUCAUGUUGAUGUUAGGCGCUUUCUUGAUAUGCAAAGAGUCCGACAGUGCAUCAAAGUAAAAACAUUAAUGAUUUGUAUGCUUAAUGUUCCCACUUUCCACCCUUCAGAGCAAUGUGACUGGCUUCCUUUUGAUCAUGUUAAAAAUAAUGUCUUCACUCAAUAAAUGAAUGACUGCAGCUGUCAUUUCAAUUCCA